GCUAUUGGCACUAAUAAAUAAUGAUUAUAAUGACAGUGCUGUUAAAUAUAUAGAAGAGAAAAUAAAGGGAAAAAAGAUGCUGGUAAAAAGAAGUUUGGUUUAGUUCCUCUUAGCUAGUUAAAUUAACAUGUGGUCUCUGCCCACCAGCUCGAGAUUCCAAAGCUCUCUGUUUCUCUGCCCUUUUCCUCCCCUCCCACCAGGGCCACCAACCCAACUACCUCCUUUUCUUUUGGGAAAAGAAAAAAAAAAUCAUCUCUGGUCUGCUUUUUCCUCCGUUUUUUCCCUAUAAAUUCCACCCCGUUUCCAAGCUCAAAUUCCCUUUCCCACUCUCCUCUCCUCCCUUAGCUUGCUUCUCCUCUUCCAGGUUCUUGCCUCCGCAGAACCGAUCAGUUCUGCUGCUCUGCUCUUCCCCUGUUUUCCCCUGUUUCGCUUGGGUUUGGCCGAAGGAUGCGUCUGUUGGGGGUGGAAGAACCUUUGCAGCUCUCCAUGUAUCGGGGAAACUCUGCCAAAUUAUUCUCUUAAAACACGGGUCAUUCGAGACCGAAUACUAAAGAAACCCAUCAUCAAAAUCUGGUUCGUUCUCUCUUUUUCUUUUUUUUUUGCUGAGUAAAAUUUGCACUCCCUCCUCCCCUGUUUCACAUGCAGCAUCUCUUCUUGUUGAUGUUUCUGAUUGAUGUCGCCUAUCCUAAGUGAAAUUUUCCUCUCCGGGUUUAUGAUAAAUUCCACGUUCAGACACCCAACCCAUCUCGUUCAAUCUUUCUCCGUUGUCUUCCUCUACUGGUUCUAUGUCUUUUCACGAGGAGUUUCUUCCAGCAUCUCAGUACUCGGGCACUGUCCACUUGUUCAUCUACAUAAUCUCCUAGUCUUAGUUCUUUCCCCGUAUAAGAGCUUGCUUGUUAUAUAUCUCUACAAUUCAGCGAUAAUUCCAUCAAGAUAUAUCUCGUCCUUGUAAAAGGAAGACUCCUAAAUAUACUACCACUAUUAGUUUUGUGUGCUUGGUGUGAAGAACUGUUAUGGCUUCCUCCCCCGGGACUUCGUCUGGGUCAUCAGCCCUGCUUCCGGUGGUGUCCGGCACGGCGGCGGCGGACCAGAAGAAGCUGAAGCGGAUGCUGUCGAACCGGGAGUCGGCGCGGCGGUCCCGGGUGCGCAAGAAGAAGCACCUGGAUGAUCUGGGGGCCCAGGCGAGGCAGCUGAGGCAGGAGAACAGCCGAAUCCUCACAGCUUUAAACCUCGCCACCAAGCGCUACCUGGCUGUGGAGGCUGAGAACUCUGUGCUGAGGACCCAGAUGAUGGAGCUCAGCUCCAGGUUGCAGUCCCUCGAUGACAUCCUCCACUUGUUGAAUGGAGGCUUCAGCAGCAGCCACGGGCAUCAGUUCUCCGAUGGAUUCUGCAGUCCAUGGAACUCUACGUACAUGAACCAGCCCACCAUGGCCUCAGCAGACUUGCUCCAAUACUACGAGAUAGCAUGAGGCCCUGGCCUUUGCUGCUGGUGUUCGUAAAAAUAUGAACGCUUGCCUGUGGUUGGGUGGGAGAAGCAUCCAAAAUUUUUAGCUUCCAGAGCUUUGUAAUGGGCCCCGAGAGCUAUAUAGGUGGAAGGAUGUGACACGGCCAAGUUGAGUUUGGUGGUAGAUGGAAGUGCUUGUAGACUGGGGGUUUGAUUUCUAGGUCCGGGUAUGCAUGAGGCUUAUGACUUCUUAUGCGGUCAGAACUGUAUAUUUUUGUGGGUUCUCUAUUUACAAUGCUAUAAUAGCUUCUGUUAUUGGUGCAAACUGUUCUCUUUUUUGAUGACUUUGAGGGGCCAUAAUGAUGUAACUGCUAAGUAGCCAAUUACAAUAUAUAAAAAAAUGUCAAUGGUUAGGUUCAUGAUGGAA